CUUCCCGCGCACAUGAGGCCAGAGGCCCCAGGAAUUUGGGGGAGGCCCGAGUACUGGAGGAAUCCCGCGCUGCAUCUCGGCCUGCUUCCUCCGCUCGGUGCCGGGCAGCCCACCGCGGUAAGAGGCUCCAAGAGUCGGGGCUGGCCUCCCUGGCCCCUCCCACGCCCGGGGACGCCGUGAUGUCGACCAAGCUGCCCAACUAUGCUGAAGGAGAAGUAGAAGGCGGCCUCUGGGCAUCUAGUAUAACCCCUUCCUGCAGAUGGGGAAACUGAGGCCCAGAUGGGAGGGGAACGAACAGGCAACGCGUCGGGCUCCCUCGUUUUGCAGACGAGGAAACCGAGGCCCAGAGAGGGAAAGUGACCAGAAGCCGCUUUCUGUUAAACUGUGGAAGGAAGCAAGAGAAAUUGUCCAAGUGGGAGACUCCAGCUUCCCCUUACGGGGAGAUUAGGGCUUACCACAGUCAGGAUUUCAUGCUGAGACAAUGAGUAGCAGUCUGCUGUUGUGAAAGUUUUGGUUGUAUCCUCAGACCUUGAAGUAGUUCAACCCUACUCUCCACAUGCAUUUUCAUCAUGAUGGAUACUGAGUAUGUCCUCUGCAGAUGGGAAAAGCGUUUAUGGCCAGCAAAGGUUUUGCCCCAAACUGGAAUCUCCCGAAGACACCAUAUUCAGAAAAGGAAAGCAGCCUUUUUAGAUGUUGAAAUACUGAGUCUAGAUAAAAAAAUUAAAGUGAAGAAGACAGAAAUCAAGGCUCUAGAGAAGUCUCAUAUAGAAGAGAUCGCAUCAGAAUUUAUUACCCAAGUUGCAAUAAAUACUCCUGUUACGGAAGAACUAAUUUACAGACGAUCACUUAAAGCUGCGAUGGAUAUUUUGGAUCAGAAAGCAGAUGCCAGUCAAAUAAAUUCUUUGGGCAAAAGACUAACUACACCCCAACUUCACAAAGUAAAACAGAUGAGACCUGAAAAUGCUGUCUCUGAAUCUUUUGUCUGUGAAGAAGUAAUAGGAGGGUCUGGGCCCUUUAAGAAAGAAAAUGUACCACAGAGACUGUCCAGUUCCCCCACUGAAGAAAAUAAAUGCAAAAAGGGUCUAAAGAGGUCUAAUAGAAUUCAUGGUAACAAAACAGAGCCCUUGGCAUCUCCAAUUAGAAAUAUUUUUGACACUCAAAAGCCACAGCCUAAGAAUUGUGAGAUUUUGAAGUCACAAUCCAAAACUUGGAAUAACCGGAAACAAAAGAAAGAUGAUUCGUCACAAAACUCACAACUGAACCUUACGAAGAAACUCAAAGUAAAGGAGACUGGGGGAAAAGGCAGGAAGAGGCCAAGGACCUCAAAUAGUAAUUCAUCACUUUGUAAAGCCAAAAAAGAUGGUGAUAGAAGUCCUGAAAUUGGAGAAAUCAGUCCAGUUUUGUCAACUAGUAGCUCCAUCCUAUUGAUAGCUUUGGAAGAAAAAGCAAGAAAUCCUGUCCAAAAAGCACUGGACUUUUCUUCUAAUUGUUCCUUUGUGGAAUCAGAGUGUGAAAAUGAACAUGGGAAAAUGCCUUCACAGAAGUACUGCAAAGUUUUAGGUGGCAUUAAACAAUCAGCGGUUUCUGAAUGCCGUUGUGUGGAGCCAGAAGGGACAGGUCUGUGCAACAGUGGAUCUCACACUCCCCUGGGUGUCUCUAAUUGCAGUUUGGAUUACCCAGGCUAUGUUGCACCUAAAACGAGAAUCCUUAAGCUUCCAGAUUUUAAGGAAGAUGAAGAAGAACUUCAGUCCUCUGAAGAGUCAUUGGAGUUUAGUACUAUUAACACUGCUGUGGUUGAUGAAGAGGACGAAGAUGAAGAACUUCCAAGUAUACUUUUAUACCAUGAACCAUGUUCCAUAGAAGCUGGAAUGUUAGUCUGGUGUAAAUAUCAAAAAUAUCCCUAUUGGCCAGCAGUGGUAAAAAGUGUAAUGCGGAAGGAUAAGAAAGCAAGUAUAUUAUAUAUCGAAGAAAAUAUGAAUCCAAAAAAGAGAGGGUUUACAGUAGGUCUUAGAAGAUUAAAGCACUUUGAUUGUGAAGAAAAGCAGGAGCUAAUGGAUAAAGCCAAGGAGGAUUACAGUCAGGCUGUUGACUGGUGUAUCACACUGAUUUCUGACUACAGAGUUCGAAUUGGUUGUGGUUCUUUCACAGGAUCUUUCCUGGAAUAUUACUCUGCUGAUAUUAGUUGUCCUGUGAGGAAAGUAAUCCAACAAGAGUCCAACAAAACAAUGUUUCCCAUCCCAAACAAGGAAGACUCAGAAGAUGGUCUGCCCGAAACCCCCACAAACAAGAAGCAGCCCUUCAAGAAAGUCCUACCAGAUCGAAUGAGGGCUGCCAGAGACAAAGCCAAUGAGAAGUUAGUGGAAUAUAUCGUGAAUGAAAAAGGGGCAGAGAACCAUCUUUUGGCUAUUUUAAAAAGCAGAAAAGAAUCCAAGUGGCUGAAAGAAUUUUUGAAUUCAAGUCAGUAUGUGACGUGUGUUGAAACAUACCUUGAGGAUGAUGAGCAGUUGGACCUUGUGGUGAAAUAUUUACAAGGAGUCUAUCAAGAAAUAGACAGCAAAAUGCUGACGCUAAUAAAUGGCGAUAGAAUAAAAUUUAUUCUGGAUGUUCUUUUGCCUGAAGCAAUCAUUUAUGCAAUAUCUGUGAUUGACCAAAUAGACUACCAGAAAGCUGAAGAAAAAUACAUAAAAGGACCAUCUCUGAGUGAAAGGGAAAGAGAAAUAUUUAAUAAAGAACUUCUGGAGAAAAAGAAAGGAACUUUUACUGAUGCAGACUGAACCAGCUUCUCCAGAAAUGUAUCUAGAUGUGUCAAAACCAUAAAAGGAAACCUAUGUAUUCUAAGUCAACUUAUAGGUAUAGUUAGUAAGAGUAAAAUUCUGUAUAAAAUUAA